AUGCUUCAACUGGAGUUGCAGGCUCUCCAGAAAUCUCCACAGGGAUAUAACCUCGCGUCAUAUUUACUCCAGCAUCCUUCCAGGAACUGCCAAUACUUUGGUGCAUUGACUUUAGCUGUGGUGAUACAAGCACCAGACCUUACAUCUGAAGCCUCUCAAGCUAUUCUCCAGCUAAUACAUCUCCAUAUCAGUCGUUUAGCUCAGGAUCCGUCUCUGCUUCAGCCCAACUUGUUCAUCAUGCGGAAACUAAUGUCUAAUUUGUCUUUAAUGUACUUGAAGGAACAGUCUGCAAUUCCAAAUCCUGUGCUGGUUCUUCUUCGUGCUUUGGGUUUGCCUGAAGGUGCAGAUUCGGCUUCAAUGCGUUCGUACUUGCCAGAGAUACCUCCAAUGACGAUAGCACUUGUUCUUCUCUUCCUUUCUAUUCUAGUUGGAGACGUGCUUAAACUCGCUUCCUCGAAAACUGCUCUUCAUAUGCGUAUCCAUACCGAAAUAUUCCCGUUUAUGGUCGUCCUUUUCGAAUAUCUUAAUUACUUGAAACAACUCGAUCGCUUACAAAGAACAUUGAGUGUAUCAGCAUUGGAGACUUUGAACUCGUGGAUGUCGUAUCUUCCGAAUAUAAACGGAGAUGCUCGUUAUGAUGCAGAUCUGAUAUCAAUCUUCGUUGAGUUUCUUUUUCUUUAUUUGGAAAGCAACGUCGAUCCUGAAAAUCAAGACUCCCUCUCAGAAUGCCAGAUGGUUCUUAAUAUUUUCUUGGAGUUACUUGAAGUGAAUCCUCUGCUUCUUAGUAUUGAGAUUAAACUGAAAUUGUACUCUUUGGUAUUUGAGAAUGACAAAUGGGGUGUUCAGUUCAUGGAUAAAGUUAUCUUUACUGAUAGACGAGAAGAAUACCAAGAAGAGGUUAACAGCUUCGUUGAUUUGGUGAUUACAAUUUUGCAGUUGAAUGUUAUCCGUCUUUCGAAAUCCAUCCUCGACUCUUCUACUCAAAGAAUACUUUCCAUAGCAUACCGCCUAACUGCUGUACCUGGCACUCCGUACAUUGAAGACUUCAUAAGCGAGCGCAUGUUAGUGUUUUGGGAAGAAUUUGCUUCCGCUUAUGAGGACUCUGCUGAUCUACUAGUUGAGCUUUUUGCAGUAAAAUCGGAUCCGAGUUUCGAGCAGCAGUUUGAGAAUGAACGGAAACGCAUUUUUAAUGAAGUGGCGAAGGUUUAUUGGGCGAAGCUUCGCAUGUCUGAAGCAGAGACAUUCGAGUCUAUCAGAGCAGAAUUUAACUCUUACCGGAGUAGUGUAGCGGACUUUUUUUUAGUCGCCUACUCUCUUUUAAAGACGGAAUUUUACAGUACAUUGACUUCUUCGUUGAUUGAAACAACGAAAUCAUGCCAAAAUAACUCAAUGCUGAUAGUUGAUAUUGAAGCUACGUUGUAUUUAUUGUUCAACAUCAACGAGGACACGGCUUAUUACGAAUCACAGAUGGAGGCCCUUGCACCGUUUUCCCUAUCCAUUUUUGAAUCUGGCAUAAUUGCCACUUUCAAGCAGCUUCCUCUCGAUAAUUUCAUGAACCAAAGGUUUUAUUCGACAUUUAUACAAUACUUGGCCCUGAACGAAUUUUUUUUCAAAAGACCAGAAGGAAGCGUGUUCUUGGGUCAAGUUUUCGACUUGCUCUUCCCCUUCUUAAUGAGCGACUUUUCUAAUCUUUCAUUAUUAGCAUCGAAAACUGCAACCAAACUAUGUGAAGCCUGCAGCCAUAAUUUGGUAGGCUUUCUACCCAACCUUGAAAUCAUUGUCAUUGAAAUGCUCCGAAACCCUUCCAUUGAUAGUCUCAUCAGACUGCGGAUGUUCAGUGCGUAUAGUUCUAUAGCCAGAAGAGUGGACAACGUUGAAGAACAUUCCAGAAUAAUCAAUGGCAUGAUCUCGACUAUAGCUGAGGCUGGAUCGCUGAUGAUGGACGCCAAAAGUACUUCCUUGAAUGAUGUUGAAGAAGAUUAUCUAGUGUCCCUUCUUUCAUGUCUUGUUAAUGUGGGAAAGGGUAGCUCAUUGACAGAUGAAGAUAUAGACGAGCUUCUGGAAGAGCAACAAGAAGCGUAUAAGUCGUAUUGGCUAAAGGAUCCCCUUAAUACUAAGCAGUUAAUCCUUUCGAUUGUGGAAAACUACUCUUUGCGGUAUCCAUUCUUGGCCCAAAAAACAAUCAUUAUUGAAAAAUGCACCAUGGUCUUCCGUGUUGGCCUAGGCGAAAAGUUAGGAGGGCCAUUCGAUUUCGGCGUUGAAACUAUUGCUCGAUACGCAAUAUCCGUAAUGGAGAGUAUCACAAAUGCAAACGGUGUGCCCUAUGUCUUCGAAUUGAUAGAAUGUGUUAUCAGUGUGAACUAUCGCGAGUUGACCCCCACGAUAGUUGAAGAAUUAAUGAAUAGGUUGUUCACGCUAAAGUUGGCGUUUUUGAAAACGGAUCCAGAUAUGAUUAAAAGUGCAAUCAAUGUGUUCUCAAAGAUGAUAGAAGUUAAGCCAUCACUCGUUAUACACUCUGAAAUCUUUACCACUACUGUUAUUGGAUUUGCUAUCGGGGGUCUAGAGGCUAAUGAAGCUUUCAUCAUUAAAUCUGUCCUGAAGUUUUGGUGCAACAUCUUGAAUAUGAAACGAGGAAGUAAAGAGGAUCAGGACCGAAUCUUGCAGUUGUUUUGCAAUCAAAAAUUAGGCAAACAUGUUACUUUCAGCUUGGUAACCUCAUUUUUAAAAGCUCCAAGAUCUAAUCUCGAAUAUUACUACUCAGUCUUCCGAGGCUUGGUAGGAAAAUUUCCCAUUCCUUUCAAAGAAUGGUUUCAGCAAACAUUGCGUGAAAUUCCAGAUAUUAUAGCGCCUAGAAUGUCGGAAAAGGAUUUGGAUCUUUUUGUACAUAAACUAAUGAUUACUCGUGGAAGAAGAACAGCAAAUGAAGUUCUUAAGUCACUAUGGUUGACAGUCAAUGGUUUGGUUGAAUACAACACACAAAGCUAUUAA